AGAUGUUUCAGCAAGCCGUCACUCGCGACGCGGCCAAAAUAGCUCAAGAGCUAGUUUCACAAUGCUCUCAACACAGCGAGAAAGAUGCAUGUUCUACUGCUGCCAAUACCUUGCGUUUCCCGUCAGUGGAACGCAGGUAUUGGGACUGGAUUCACCCCGACACAGGAAGGAAUGGUGUCCCCGCAAUCUUGACAAAUCCGGCUACAACAAUACUCAAUCCACUCCACUCACAGCCUAUCACCGUACCCAAUCCGCUAUGUAAUUACAGGCUGAGCGGUAUGAACAAAAACUUCAAAAACUCUACAAAAUAUUUGGAUAUUCCUCGGGGAUGGGAUAUAUUCUCGAACAAAGGGACCCGUCAAAAUGACCCCAAAGAACUUGAAGAUAAUGAUUGGAAUUAUCAGCACUUCGCAUCAACGGGGGGUACUUUUGGGACCAAGAAGGGCUCAAUUAUAAACAACAAAACUCCUCUCGUACCUUUCCGCAAGGACGAUGGUGCAUAUUGGACAUCAGACGACGCGCGUUGUUUGGUUCCUUCACAGGGACACAAUAAAUGUAUGGCUAAUCUCUUGAUCAUGAGCAACAAUGCUGACGCCCCGG